GUUUGACAGGCACUGUCAAAGUGUCAAGUGGCAGACCAAGAGGAGUGAGAUUCUUAAAUUUUGUAAUAGUUGAUUUGAUAAUUUAUAAUUUUGUGGAUAGAAAAUAAUCAGCAAUCAUGGACGACGAUUUGCCGACCGAUUUCCAGGUCAUCGUUGUGGGAACAGGAAUGGUGGAGUCCAUUGUGGCUGCCGCCUGCAGCAGAAUAGGAAAGAAUGUCUUACAUCUAGACUCCAGUGACCACUACGGAGGCCUAUGGGCCUCCUACAACUUUGAUGGUCUGCAGAAAUUUAUCAAAGAAGUAAAUGCUGACCCAAAGAGACAACUGCAGGUCUAUAAUUUAGCUGAAAAAUGGUAUAUUGAAAAGGAAUCGCCACAAGAUGAAAAGAAAGAAGAAGGUGAGGAGAAGCCAGAAGAUGCUAAACCAGAACCAGGCAAGAAAGUAUGGAGCCAAGCCAACUUCGCCUCGGAGUAUAGGAAGUUCAACAUUGACAUGACACCUAAGCUCCUGUUCUCUCGUGGUCCUCUCGUCGAGCUCCUGAUCUCAUCCAACAUCGCUCGUUAUGCGGAGUUCCGUUGCGUCACACGGGUCCUGACGUGGCUCAGCGACAAGCUAAUGCCCGUCCCUUGCUCCCGAGCCGAUGUGUUCGCCACCGAAGCCGUCGGCAUCGUAGAAAAACGUCAGCUCAUGAAAAUGCUGACGUCAAUCGUCGGCUACAAUGAGGAGGAGAUGAAUAACGAAUUUAAAGAUUGGAACGACAAGACCUUCAAAGAGUACCUAGCACACAAGGGUCUGACUCCCAACCUCAUCCACUACGUACUGUAUGCCAUCGCGGGCGGCACCAACAACAUGCCUUGCUUGGAGGGCGUCAAGGAGUGCAAGAAGUUCCUCAUGAGCCUCGGUCGCUAUGGCAACACACCUUUCCUCUGGCCCAUGUACGGCAGCGGAGAACUGCCCCAGUGCUUCUGCAGAUUGUGCGCUGUUUUCGGCGGCGUGUAUUGUCUGAACCGGCCGAUCGACAAGGUUCAGACUAAGACCGUGGAUGAGGGGAAGACGGUGGUCACCAUCGACAGCAAGUCGAAGACUCUGAACUGCGACCACUUGGUCAUUGGCAUCAACGAGUGUCCCAAAGACUUGAUCUCGCCCGAGCCGGCGGAGAGCAGCGACAUAUCUAAGGCUGUGUUCAUUACGAAUGGCUCUAUAAUGAAGAGUGACAAAGAGCCGCUGACGCUGCUCCGCUUCCCCCCCCUCAGCGAGGGUGACCACGCGGUGACUGUUCUCGAAGUCGGGCCCGCCACCGGCUCCUGCCCCAAAGGACUGUUCGUGGUGUACUUCAUCACCAACAAGGUGAAGGAUGCCGAGAGCGACCUCAUGGGCAUUGCUGAGAAGAUCUUCGACAUGUCUGGCGGCGAUCAGACCGAAGAGUCUGAGAAACCUAAGUGCUUGUGGUCGUUGUUCUACAACGUGAAGGACACAAGCGCUCCCGUGUCGAGCGUGGCGGACAGUGUCCACGUUUGCUCCGGCCCCGAUUCUGGGCUCGACUUCGAUCGCGCCGUCGAACAGGCUGAGCAGAUCUUCAAGAAGAUCUGUCCAGGCGAGGAGUUCCUGCCGCGCGCCCCCGACCCAGAGGAGAUCGUGUUCGAGGAUGACGUCACGCACGGCCCCGAGUUCCAGCGCGAACAUGACGAUGAAGCAGACGGCGACGCGCCUAAAGAGUAGACGCCUCAACAACCGCCAGCGUUGAUAUCACACUCAGCACGUUUGAGCGAGUUCCCGUGCUUCCAUGGCCCUAGAAAAUGUGGAUGGACCAGAUUUAUAUCUUCACAAGUAUGAUAUUCGCCUCAGCGAACAAAAUCUGCUAAUCGCAUAGAAACCGCACCAUAUAAAGUAAAAUAUAGUAAACGGCGCAUCCACUCUUUCCUAGGUCCACGAGUUUUUUGCUCUAGUUUAAGUCAAUAUCAAACAUUCGAUAAUUUACCUAAUAUAAAAAGACACGCUUAAACGUGCUGAAAAUUCAGCUAAGAUGUAAUCUCAGUAAGAUUUAUACGCUUUGGUCGCUUGACUUCGUGCAUUCCGACUGGUGCGUUAGGUUCGAGAAAGUAAGUAUGAUACUACGUCGUUAAGGCAUGUACUCGUGUUACACGAGCUUAUCGGAAUUUGAGACCAGCUAAGUCUGCUUUUGGCCUUUGUAAACUGAUAAACGCUACGAACUUAUCGCUUUGAUGGUUUGAACUUAAAAUUCGAAACAAGUACUUACAUAGUUUUUGUAACAGUAUGUUAUCAACAGACUUAGCGGGUCGCUUCCUACGUACGUCUAUCUGUGGUUUGUCAGGGUAGACUUUUUAUCGGCUGGGUUGUCUUGAUAUAGUCGGCAAGAUCAACUAAAGCACUUCGAGGCUAACAAUUAUUAUAGCACUAAUAGUUUAUUCAGCCAACAUGACGCCAAGAUCUUGUGAAAACCAGUGUAAUACUGACUUUAUAUCAUUAAUAGGUAUUUAGGAAAUAUUUGUAUUAUGAAAUGGUUGCUAUGCUCUCUAGAGAUCAACUUUUUAUUUUAUUUGGCAGUAUUGACGACGAAUGAGUUUGGUUAAGUCGAAGGAGUAUUAUUCUAAUGACGAUGAUAGAAAUGCAGUUGCUAGUUAGGAUGCAGUUAUUAAAAUGUUAAGUGAAACAUUUUGGACGCACCAGUCUAAAUCAUAGAUUGUAGCACAUAUAAUUUUUAUUUAAGUUAUUUAGCACUUUUAUGAUAUUUAUUGUCAAAUUAAAAUAAUCAUGCCUGCUUGUGCAUUUAUAAUUCCAAUAAAUUGUGAUUAUUAGUA